AUGGAAUAUUCACAAUUGAAAUAAACACAAUUUGGUCCUUAUGAAAUUAAAUAAGAUAAAAUAGGAUCUGGAAAUGCAGUCACUGUUUUUAAAGCACUUAACCUAGAUUGGAAUACCGAUUGUUGUGUUAAGAUAGUGGAUAAAAGUGAUUAGAGCUAAAUGAAACAAUAUCAAAUAGAGAAAUAAAUAUCAUCAGAGCUUAAAUGGGUAUUCCAUAAAAAUCUUGUCAGAAUAUAUGAUAUUAUUGAGAAAGACAAUUAUAUUUAUAUUUUUUAAGAACUUUGUGAUUAAGAUUUAGGACGAUAUAAAAAAUAAUUAGAUAGAGAACAAAUAUUGGAUUUAAUCAUUUAAGUGGCAUCUGGAUAUAUUUAAUUGAUGGAACGAAAUAUUAUGCAUAGAGAUAUAAAAUAAGACAACAUACUUAUAAAAAAAGAUAAAAAUGGAUAAAUAAUUUACAAGGUUCAUCUUAUCAUAUAUGAUUAGCUUGCUGAUUUUGGAUAGAGUAAAAAAUGUGAUGAAGAAUCUAACAGAAUUACGACAAGAAAUUAACAAGGCACUUAAUCUAAAAAGGCUCCAGAAAUUAAUGAAUCAGAUUAUAGUUAUUUAGCAGAUAUAUUUUCAGUAUUUAUAUUAUUUUUAUAAUUAGUUUGGGUUAGUAUUGUUAGAGUUAUAUUUAAAUAUUCAAAUAGAUAAAAUAUAGCACAAGAAUUGUCUCUUGAAUUACUUAAAAAUAAAAAGUUUCAUAUAAAUUAAAGAAAUGAAUGAUGAGAAUAAACAGUAAUUUGAAAAAAUAAAAAAUAUAUUUGAAUAUAACAAAGAUGAUGAAAUAAUUAAAAUAAUAGAUUAAUUAUUAAAGUACAACAAAGAGGAAAGAAUCUGUUGGUAAAAUUUAUUAAAAAAAGCCUAAGAUAUUAAAAAAAUUAUGAAUGAUACUUAAGGAAAUAUACAAAAAAAAAUAAGUAAGUAUUUAUAGUAAUCGUCAUUAGCUUUGUAAGAUUAAUAACCACAUUAACUAUAAUAAAAUCAAUUAUAACCAUAUUAAUCAUAAUAACAUCAAAAUUAACCACAUUAACUAUAAUAAAAUCAAUUAUAACCAUAUUAAUCAUAAUAACAUCAAAAUUAACCACAUUAACUAUAAUAAAAUCAAUUAUAACCAUAUUAAUCAUAAUAACAUCCAAAAGUUUCAAAUUUUUAGACUAGACAAACACCUAAAAACUAAUAAUAAUAUCUUUGCUAAAUUAAGGGAAAUGGAAUAUAAAAUCAACCAUAAUCUAAUUUACCUGUAUAAUAUCAUCAACCAUAAUCAAAUUUACCAUUAUAAAAUCAACCAUAAUCUAAUUUACCUGUAUAAUAUCUACCAUAAUCAAAUUUACCAUAAUAAAUUCAUCAACCAUAAAAUCAUCAACUAUAAAAUAAUUAGCAAGUAGGCAAUAAUUUUUGUUAAACAAAAGGAUAAAUUACAAGUUUUUAAAAUAAGCAUAUUAAAAUUUAAUAAAAUCAAUAAAUAAUUCCCCUAUAAAAUUAAUAGCCUAAGAUCCUCUAUAAAAGUUCGACUUAAUAGUAAUUUUGCAAUUAGGGAACAAUUAAUAGAUAACCCUCUAACAACAUGGCAUUUAUUUAUUCACCUUAGAAUUAAUAAAUUUAAAAAAUUAUUUAUAGAGCCCAAUGA